UUAUGUUGCUAGAAAGAGGGGAAGCCUGGGCAUGAACCCUGGUCUAUCUGGCUUCAAGGUCAGCUGAAAAAAAAUUUUUCCCCUCAUUAGGCUCCUUGCUAAUUUCCCUGCUAACUUCUGAAAUUACUGGGGAGGUCAAAAUGGAUUGGUGAAUGGGUUUUGGAAAAAUUUCAUAAAAUAUGUAAAUGUGAGAGGUGAUUAAUUCUCAAUGAAACAGUAGGAGCAUGAACUGAAGCUACAGAUAAACACAAACUACUCCAUGAUGUAUAUAUAGACAUAUCUAUUUAAAUGAAAUGGUUGUCAUGUGUUGCUUUGUCAAAUUCAAGCUCCAAAAGUUUGAUGACAGAAGGAUAAUUUCCUUCCUCAGGAUGAAAAUUUAUAGGAAUUCAGAGGAAAAUAUUUUCGUGAUCAUACUGAAAAUUUAGUGUCAGAUGCGUUUAGCAUCAUGCUGUGAGUGCUGUUAGUCAGAGCAUAAACAGCCUUUGGGCCGGAUGUGGCUCUCUUCAAGUAGGCUGGCUCUUUGACCUGGGGGAUUCAUUCUGCAACAGGCGGAGAGAGGGAUCAAGGCAGGAUGAAGAGGUUAUUUGUGCUCGUGCUGUCUCUCACCUUACUGAUUUUCUUCUCAGGGGCCUCCCCGAUUCUGACGGAAAAGGAGGCCAAACAGGUCCUGAGAUCCCGGCGCCAGGACAGGCCGAGCAAACCCGGGUUCCCUGAUGAGCCCAUGAGGGAGUACAUGCACCAUCUGCUCCGCCUGGAACGCCGUGCUGAGGAGCAGUUCCUGGAGCACUGGCUGAACCCCCACUGCAAGCCCCACUGCGACAGGAACAUGGUCCAUCCUGUGUAAGCAGCUCGGGACCAGCCCCCGCAAGCAUUUUGAUAAACAGCGGCGCGGAUACUAUUGAAACAAGAUGAGGCUCCUUUCGUUUCUUUUUCAGCUGUGGAAUGGGCGUCUUCAGGCUUUGUGAGUCGUGGGCACAGCAGAGGUUGCCUUGGGGACUGAUGGCAGAUAUUUGUGCUGCUUCAUUUGACUAACGUGCACAACUCAUUAAAACCAAUCGUUAAACUCCAGGCCCCCCUCCCUGCCCCGCAAUGGCCUUCCUACCACUGUGGCAGGGUGAGCAGAGGGAGAACCUUUCCUGGGGCCGGUGGAGCUGGGGCCUCCAGAACAGGAGAGGGGUUAGCGAGCAAGCCUUGUUCUGCUAAGUGAAGCACACCGCUUGGGGCGGCUGGGGUUUUGGUCAUUGCUUUUUUUUUUUUUUUUUCUCUCCUUUUCUGCUCUAAUAAACACUGGUGUUAAGCCUG